AUGCAACGUUCUCAAGAUCAGAGGGUUAAUCUUGGUGAAUUGAAAGGUCAUAUAGUGAAGAAGAUUGGGGUUGAGAGAUCAAGAAGGUAUUUUUAUUACCUAGGCAGGUUUCUGAGCCAGAAGCUUACCAAAAGCGAGUUUGACAAGACUUGUUUCAGGCUGUUAGGGAGGGAGAAUCUCUGUCUACACAACCAGUUGAUCCGUUCGAUCUUGAGAAACGCAACUGUCGCCAAGUCCCCGCCUUUGGGGAAUGCUUGUCAGAGUAGUAGAGGAGAUGGUCAUGAGCAAAGUGGAUCUCUAGUCCCUAACCAUAACAACAACCAUAAUGAUCCUACUGUUUGGUCUAAGUCCAACGGAGUUUUGCCCAUCUCUCCGAGGAAAGCUAGGUCCGGAUUGCGAGAGAGGAAGGUCAGAGAUAGUCCACUAGGUUCAUCAAACGGGAAGGUCGAACACUUGUUGCAUCAACCAAUCUGUAGAGAAGACAAUAGAGGUUGUAGUGUUGGUCUGGAGAACGGUGACUUUGAUCAUCAAAGAUCAGGCAGAUACGCUGCUGACGAAAGAGACGGUGAGUUUCUUCGUCCUGUUGAGAAACUGAGGAUACAAAGUAAAGAUCAGGUUGCUGCAACUUCGUGUAUGAGAGAUGAUGAAGGUCAAGAGGAGCAGGCGAGGGUAGAGCUAACAACGAGUCCUCUGGUUGCACCUCUAGGGAUUUCAUUUAGUUCAGCCCGUAGAACGGUUCCUGUUUCAACCGGAGGCGAUGUGAUUAGUUGCUACGACGGCGGUGGAUUGCCGGAUACAGAGAUGCUGAGGAAGAGGAUGGAGAAUAUUGCAGUAGCGCAGGGUCUUCUUGGAGGUGUUUCAAUGGAGUGUGCUAAUACGUUAAAUAACAUGUUGGAUGUUUAUCUUAAGAAGCUGAUCAAAUCUUGCGUUGAUUUAGUUGGAGCUCGGUCCACAAACAGAGAUCAAGCUCUAGAGAAGCAGCAGAGUCAAAACAAGGUUGUGAAUGGGGUUUGGCCGAGUAACGGUUUGCAGAUACAAACACAAAACGGACCUUCUGACAUAACACAAGAUCAGCGUUCUGUGUCCAUGCUUGAUUUCAGAAUCGCCAUGGAGUUAAACCCACACCAGCUUGGGGAAGACUGGCCGAUUCUCCGAGAGAGAAUCUCAAUGCGGUCUUUCGAGGAACAAGACUCUGAGGUAUUAGCAGUAAUUGGCGGUUUCAAAGAGUUUCGAGAUUUGUUGUGUAUACCCGAGGCCAAUAAGGGAAUUGGGGAGAGAAGAGAGUUUUGCAGAGAUACUGUGCUUUUAAAAGUCGGUGCAAGGUACAAUGUCAAUCAUGUAAUAGCUGCAGUUCACUCUGAGUCAUAUCUUCUUGCAAGUCUCACUCGUUGGAAGACAAGUUGCUACAGUGCAUGUUUGACUGAUGAAGCGGGCAAAUUUUUCUGUUUCCAGCUUUCUCUGAAUCUCUCAACAACAACAAUGGCAGAACCAGAAACUAUCGUUGAUCAAGAAGAAGAAACAAGAACAAAGUCUCAGCCUUUGAUCCCAGGUUUACCAAACGAGAUCGCUGAGCUUUGUCUUCUUCGUCUUCCUUACCCAUACCAUUCUCUCUUUCGCUCCGUUUCAUCUUCUUGGAACAGAACAAUCACAAACCCUAGAUUCCUCUUCUCCAAGCAAUCUCUCUCAAUCUCUUCUCCUUACCUCUUCGUCUUCGCCUUCAACAAAUCUACGGCCAGGAUUCAAUGGCAAGCUUUAGACCUCGCAUCGGGCCGUUGGUUCGUUUUACCUCCGAUGCCAACCUCUUUCACAAAGAUCUCGUCUCCUCACGCGCUGUCCUGCGCGUCGAUUCCACGUCAGGGAAAGCUUUUCGUCCUUGGCGGCGGCGAUUCCACUCGCUCCGCCGUCGUUUACACCGCCUUGACGAAUCGCUGGUCGUUCGCGGCUCCGAUGCUGAGUCCGAGAACUUACUUCGUCGCCGGGAAUUUAAGCGGGAAAAUCAUGGCCGUUGGUGGGAGUUUAGACGGAAUCGGAGAAGCGACGACGGAUGUCGAAUCGUACGAUCCAGAGAGUGACACGUGGAGUGAAUCGGCGAAACUGCCGAUGGUGUUGGCGAAAUACGACUCUGCGGUGAUCGGGAAAGAGAUGUUGGUGACGGAAGGAUGGGCUUGGCCGUUUAUGUUUCCGCCGAUGGGACAGGUGUACGAUUCGGAGGAAGACACGUGGCGAGAGAUGAGCGGUGGGAUGAAAGAAGGAUGGACGGGUGUGAGCGUCGUGAUCCGUGAGAGACUGUUCGUGAUCUCCGAGCACGGUGAUUUCCCGAUGAAGGUUUAUUCCGCCGAUGAUGACACGUGGAGGUACGUGAAUGGUGAUAAGCUUCCUGGGAAGACGAUGCGGCGACCUUUCGCCGUGACGGGAGCGGACGACCGGGUUUUCGUGGUGGCCGGAGGGCUUAACGUGGCGGAAGGGAGAGUGAGUGAGGGGCAAAACGGGGAAUUCAGUGUUGUGUGGAGGAUAAUUUCGUCUCCUCAAGCUUGUACUCAAUUUUCACCUGCUAGUUGCCACGUACUUUAUGUCUGA